AUGAAUCCGGUCGGCAACCUCGCCGUGAACAAUUACGACCGCGAGGCUGCCCAUACUGGAGCACCAAGCCAAGACAUGGCCAACCACCCGUCUAACCACUCGCACACUUCCGAUUAUGAAAGAGAGAUUUCAGAUUCCGACGCUUCGACAAUAGCGCCGAACGGUGAUGGAUCACCACAGAGCAAGAGGAACGACGCACGCAGACAAUCCUAUCGCAGCGCCAAUGAAAUAGCCGAAGAGGCUCAAGAGACCGCGAGAAGGGAGGAGGAGGUCCAUCAGCUUGCCAGGAGAUUGACUACCCAAAGUCACGCUACGGCCGCUGGCCAAAACCCAUUCCAUGCACCCCCAGGUUCAGCUCUCGACCCGCAUGGAGAGAACUUUAAUGCUCGUGCCUGGACAAAGGCUAUGCUCAACCUGCAGCUCGAGGACGAAAACGCUGGCCCUACCCGGACCGCUGGUGUAUCGUUCCGCAACCUCAACGUUCACGGCUUUGGUGCUGAGACCGACUACCAAAAGAGUGUUGGUAAUGUCUGGCUCGAGGGACCGGGACUCUUCAAGCGUUUGAGAGGAGACAAGGGCCGCAAGAUUGAUAUCUUGCAGAACUGCGAUGGUCUGGUCGAAGCUGGCGAGAUGCUAGUUGUACUGGGUCCUCCGGGUUCCGGUUGCUCUACCUUUUUGAAGACCAUCACCGGCGAGACGCAUGGUUUCUACGUGGACAAGGAAUCGCACAUCAACUACCAGGGUGUCAGUCCGGAGCUGAUGAACAAGAACUACCGAGGUGAAGCCAUCUACACCGCUGAGGUCGAUGUUCAUUUCCCAGCCAUGACGGUCGGCGAGACGCUCUACUUCGCUGCGCAGGCUCGACGUCCCCGUAACAUUCCCGGCGGGGUCAGUGUCAAGCAAUACGCCGAGCACCAACGCGACGUAAUCAUGGCACUCUACGGUAUCUCCCACACCCUCAACACUCGUGUGGGCAACGACUUUAUUCGCGGUGUCUCUGGCGGAGAGCGAAAGCGUGUCACCAUUGCAGAGGCCUCCCUCAGCAGAGCACCUCUCCAGGCUUGGGACAACUCCACUCGUGGUCUCGAUUCUGCAAAUGCCAUCGAGUUUUGCAAGACCCUCCGCAUGGAGACUGAAAUCAGCGGGACUACCGCCCUCGUUGCCAUCUACCAAGCCCCGCAAGCCGCCUACGACCUUUUCGACAAAGCGCUUGUCCUUUACGAAGGCCGACAGAUAUACUUUGGCAAGACCACCGAUGCUAGGGAAUAUUUCAUCAGCAUGGGCUUCGAAUGCCCCGCUCGCCAGACCGACGCCGAUUUCCUUACCUCUAUGACCAGCGCUCUCGAGCGUGUCGUGCGUCCCGGCUUUGAGAACCGCGUCCCCCGUACCCCGGAUGAGUUCGCGCAGCGAUGGAACGAGUCUCACGAACGCGCGGCGCUGCUGGCCCAAAUCGAAGCUUAUGAGCAGAAGUAUCCACUUGGCGGAGAAUACGCUCAGAAAUUUGCGGAGUCCCGCAAGGCCCAACAAGCUCGUGGUCAGCGCGAAAAGUCUCCAUACACUCUAUCUUACGGCCAGCAGAUCAAGCUCUGCUUAUGGCGUGGAUUCGUGCGUUUGAAGGCCGAUCCGAGCAUCACCGUCGUCCAGCUGCUUAUGAACUCCGUCAUGGCUCUCAUUGUAUCGUCCAUCUUCUACAACUUGCCUUCUACAACCCAGAGUUUCCAGCUCCGCUCCGCCCUCCUCUUUUUCGCUAUUCUGAUGAACGCCUUUGGUUCCGCCCUCGAGAUCCUGACCUUGUACGCUCAACGGCCAAUCGUCGAGAAGCAUUCACGCUAUGCGCUCUACCACCCAUCAGCAGAGGCGUUCGCAAGCAUGUUGACAGACCUGCCUUACAAGAUCGGCAACGCUAUCACUUUCAACCUCGCCCUGUACUUCAUGACCAAUCUCCGUCGCGAACCUGGCGCAUUCUUCUUCUUCGUGCUGGUCUCCUUCACUCUCACGUUAGUCAUGUCCAUGUUCUUCCGUUCCAUCGGUGCCUUCUCUCGAUCGCUUGUUCAGGCACUGGCGCCCGCCGCUGUCCUCAUUCUCGGUCUUGUCAUGUACACUGGUUUCACCAUUCCUCCCAUCUACAUGCUUGGGUGGUCUAAGUGGAUCAAAUACAUCAACCCGGUCAGCUACGGUUUUGAGUCACUCAUGGUCAACGAGUUUACCAACCGUAACUUCACCUGCAACCAGUUCGUUCCUCGAGGCGCUGGUUACGACACUGUUGCGGGCGUGAACGUUGCGUGUAUGGCCGCUGGAUCUGUGCCCGGUCAAGCCUUUGUUUCUGGUGACGCCUUUAUUGGGACUUCGUUCAACUACAAGCCAUCACAUAAGUGGCGCAACUAUGGCAUCCUUUGGGCUUUCUGCAUCAUACUCAUGUGCGCCUACUUGUUCGCGACCGAAUACAUUACCGCUGCGAAAUCCAAGGGUGAAGUUCUUGUUUUCCGCCGUGGUCGCCAUACUCCCAAGAGCAAGUCCACCGACGACUUGGAGGGCGCAGCUACUGGCCGCGCAGUUUCCACUCAGUACGACAACUCCGACGACAACAUCGCCAUCAUUGAACGCCAGACCGCCAUCUUCCAGUGGGAGGAUGUGUGCUACGACAUCAAAAUCAAGAAGCAGGAUCGUCGCAUUCUCGACCACGUUGACGGUUGGGUCAAGCCUGGUACCCUCACCGCUCUUAUGGGUGUCUCUGGCGCUGGCAAGACUACUCUACUUGACUGUCUGGCUACGCGUACUACUAUGGGUGUUAUUACGGGUGAGAUGCUUGUCGACGGCAAGCCUCGCGACGACUCCUUCCAGCGCAAGACUGGUUACGCACAGCAACAAGAUCUUCACUUGUCUACCUCUACCGUCCGCGAAGCCUUGACUUUUUCUGCUCUUCUCCGUCAACCUGCCCACGUUUCUCGUAAAGAGAAGAUCGAGUACGUCCAAGAGGUCAUCAAGCUACUCGAUAUGACCGAGUAUGCCGACGCUGUGGUCGGUGUGCCUGGCGAAGGUCUCAAUGUCGAACAGCGCAAGCGUCUUACUAUUGGUGUUGAGCUUGCUGCUAAGCCUGCUCUUCUCUUGUUUUUGGAUGAACCCACCUCUGGUCUUGACAGUCAAACGUCUUGGGCUAUUCUUGAUCUCCUUGACAAGCUGAAGAAGAAUGGCCAAGCUAUUCUCUGCACUAUUCACCAGCCUUCCGCUAUGUUGUUCCAGCGUUUCGAUCGUCUCCUGUUCCUCGCCAAGGGUGGACGUACUGUUUACUACGGUGAUGUCGGCAACAAUUCCAAGAUCCUCGUCGACUACUUUGUUCGCAACGGUGGACCUCCUUGCCCGCCUUCAGCCAACCCGGCCGAAUGGAUGUUGGAAGUCAUCGGUGCUGCUCCCGGUUCGCAUACUGACAUUGACUGGCACCAGACCUGGCGCAACUCCCCGGAAUACGCCGAAGUUAAGCGCCACCUCGCUGAGCUCAAGUCUGAGCGUGGACAGGCCCAAGCACUUCAACGUACCAUGUCGGCCCAGAAGCGUGACGACGCAGCGGCCUACCGCGAAUUUGCAGCGCCGUUUGGGGAGCAGCUUAUGGAGACAACUCGCCGCGUUUUCCAGCAGUACUGGCGCUCUCCAACGUACAUCUAUUCCAAGAUUCUUCUCUGCUCGUCGUCUGCACUUUUCAUCGGCUUCUCCCUCUACGCGAUGCCCAACACUCAACAAGGUCUUUCGAACCAGAUGUUUGGUAUUUUCAUGCUGUUGACCAUCUUUGGCCAACUCGUCCAGCAGAUUAUGCCUCACUUCGUUACUCAGCGCGCUUUGUACGAGGUACGCGAGCGACCUAGUAAGACCUACUCUUGGAAAGCCUUUAUGAUCUCCAACAUAGUUGUCGAACUUCCCUGGAACGCACUCAUGGCUGUCAUCAUCUUUUUCUGCUGGUACUACCCCAUCGGUUUAUACAAAAACGCCAUCCCCACCGACUCCGUCACUCUCCGCGGUUUCCAGCUUUUCCUAUUCGUCUUGAUGUUCUUGCUCUUCACCUCCACCUUCACUCACAUGAUCAUUGCUGGUGUCGACUCGGCUGAAACUGGUGGUAACAUUGCCAACUUGAUGUUCUCUUUGUGUCUACUUUUCUGUGGUGUCCUGUCGCAACCUUCGCAAUUCCCUAGGUUCUGGAUCUUCAUGUACCGCGUUUCGCCAUUUACAUAUCUGGUCAGCGGCAUGUUGUCCGUCGGUCUCGCCAACAGCUCCGUCACAUGCGCCGAUCGCGAAUUAGUCAGGUUCGAGCCUCGCUCUGGGCAGACAUGCCAGGAAUACACGCAGAAAUACAUCGACAACUUUGGUGGUUAUCUAGUCGACCCCAACGCCAACAGCAACUGCGGUUUGUGCUCCAUUAAGGACACCAACACCUUCCUCGCAUCCAUUUCUUCGGACUACAGCCAAGCGUGGCGCAACUUUGGUAAGUCUUUUCAUCACGUCCCUCGUAUCUUAAAAAGCAAAAUUACUAACAUUGCAAAGGUAUCCUUUGGGGCUUAUUGCAUCUUCAAUAUCUUCGCCGCUCUUGCCCUCUACUGGCUCGUUCGCAUGCCCAAGACAAAGAAGGAGAAGAAGGACAAGAACGUCGUCGCUGCCCCCGCACCUCAACAAGUCUUCAACAACUCCAGCCCUGUUGGCAGCUCGCACGAGAAGCAGGAGACCAACACCGAUGCUCGCCGCUACGCCAGCAUCACUGGAGGUGACGAGACUCCGCCACGCGAGAUUGUACAAGAGAAGGUGUAA